AUGGCCCCGCUGGGUGAGGACACCCCGCUGAUCGGGGAGCGCUCCUCCAGCCUCUCCUCCACCGAGACCGGCACCCUCCAGGUGUACCUGUACCACCGGGCGCCCGCCGUGCGCAGCCCCCCCGGCACCGCCGCCGCCGUCCUCACCUUCACCUUCGGCGAGUACACGGCUGAGGAGCUGUGCGUCCACGCCGCCAAAGCCUGUGGCGUGCUGCCCGUCUGCCACCCGCUCUUCGCCCUGGCCACCGAGGAUCUCAGCUGCUGGUUCCCCCCCAACCACCUCUUCACCAUCGAUGACUCCCGCAGCCAGGUCAUGGUGUACAGGAUCAGGUUCUUCUUCCCCAACUGGUGUGGGCAGGGACAGUCCCACCGCUUCCAGCUGCUGAACGACCGAGCCAGCCCCAUCCUGGACUACCCCGUCAUCGAUUACCUUUUUGCCCAGUCCCGCAGCGAUUUCAUCGGGGGACGCGUGGCAGUGGCGCUGAGCCUGCCGACGCAAGAGGAGUGCCUGAGCCUGGCCGUGCUGGACAUGCUGCGCAUCGCCAAGGAGAAGCAGCAGAGCCCCGAUGAGGUCUUCAGCCACAUCAGCUACAAGUCCUGCAUCCCCGAGCCUCUGCGGUGCCAGAUCCAGCAGCACAGCUUCCUCACCCGCAAGCGCAUCCGCCGCCGCUUCAGCAAAUCCCUGCGGAAGAUCGGGGGCUGCCAGACAGACGGACGCUACCUGAAGCUCAAGUACCUGCUGGACCUGGAGCGGCUGCAGCGGCGCUGGGCGGAGGAGAGUUUCCACGUGCGCUCGCCCGGCUCCGCCGCGGACAUCGCCAUCCACGUGGCUGGCGAGAGCGGCGUCUCCUGGAGCUGCAGCGGCUCCGAGAGCCGCCAGCACUUCUGUGACUUCCCCGACAUUGCCGACAUCAGCAUCAAGCAGGCAAGCCGGGACGGCAGCCCGGUGGAGAACCGCAUCGUCACCCUCACCAAGACGGACAACCGGGUGCUGGAGGUGGAGUUCCCCACGCUGCGGGAAGCCCUCUCCUUCGUGGCUCUCAUCGAUGGCUACUACCGCCUGACGGCAGACACCCACCACUACUUCUGCAAGGAGGUGGCCCCCCCCCGGCUCCUGGAGGACGUCGAGAACCAGUGCCACGGGCCCAUCAGCUCCGAGUUUGCGGUGAACAAGCUGAAGGUGGCGGGGAACCACCCGGGGCUGUACCUGCUGCGCCGCAGCCCGCAGGACUUCGACAGCUACCUGCUGACCGUCUGCGCCGAGACCCGCUCUGGCCAGGACUACAAGCACUGCCUGAUCCGCCGGGAUGAGGACGGGAAUUUCCGGCUCUCGGGAGUGACCCGGCGGUUCUGCAGCCUGCGGGAGCUGCUAGGCACCUAUGGGCGCUGCGGGCUGCAGGCGGAGGGUGCCCGCAUGCGCCUGGCUGCCUGCUGCCCACCCCUGCCCAAAGAGAAGUCCAACCUGCUGAUCGUGCGGAGCGGCUGCCCCCGGUCCCCCGGCUCCCCCGCCGCCCCCCGCCGCAGCCUCAACCAGAUGAUGUUCCACAAGAUCGACCCCCAGAGCCUCACGCGGGGCGAGAGCCUGGGCCAGGGCUCCUUCACCCAGAUCUACAAGGGCGUCAAGCGGGACCAGGAGGAGGACGGCUACUACCAGACCGAGGUGGUGCUCAAGGUCAUGGACGGCAGCCACCGCAACUGCUCCGAGUCCUUCCUGGAGGCAGCCAGCAUCAUGAGCCAGCUCUCCCACAAGCACCUGGUCCUGCUGCACGGCGUCAGCCUCGGGAAGGACAGUAUCAUGGUGCAGGAGUACGUCAGGUACGGGCCCCUGGACCUCUACUUGAAGAAGAACCAAGGCGAGGGCAAGGUGACGACGAGCUGGAAGCUGCAGGUGGCCAAGCAGCUGGCGUACGCCCUCAACUACCUGGAGGACAAGAGAAUCACCCACGGCAACGUCUCCGCUAAGAAGGUGCUGCUGACCCGGGAGGGGGACGUGGCCAGCGGCAGCCCCCCCUUCAUCAAGCUCAACGACCCCGGAGUCAGCGUCACUGUCCUGGCUAAGGAGAUGCUGGUGGAGCGCAUCCCCUGGGUGGCCCCGGAGUGCCUCAGCGACCCCGAGAGCCUGGCGCUGCCGGCCGACAAGUGGAGCUUUGGGGCGACCCUCUGGGAGAUCUUCAGUGGUGGCAACAUGCCCAUGAGCCUGCUGGAGCCCCAGAAGAAGCUGGAUUUCUACCAGAGCAGCCUCCAGCUCCCCGCGCCAAAGUGGACGGAGCUGGCCACGCUCAUCGCGCAGUGCAUGGACUACCAGCCGCGCCGCCGGCCCUGCUUCCGUGCCGUCAUCCGGGACCUCAACAGCCUCAUCACCUCCGAUUACGAGCUGCUCUCGGACCUGUCGCCCACCAACGUGAUGCUCCGGGAGAGCUUCUGGGGGUACGAGCCCCUCGCCAUGUGCCAGGACCCCACGCACUUCGAGGAACGGCACCUCAAGUACAUCUCACUGCUGGGCAAGGGCAACUUUGGGAGCGUGGAGUUGUGCCGCUACGACCCGCUGGGCGACAGCACGGGCGAGCUGGUGGCGGUAAAGAAGCUGCAGCAGGAUUCGGCCAAGGAGCUGCAGGAUUUCGAGAGGGAGAUCCAGAUCCUGCACUUGCUGCAGCACGAUUUCAUCGUCCAGUACCGGGGCGUGUGCUACAGCCGGGGGCGGCGCGGGCUGCGGCUGGUGAUGGAGUACCUGCCCAACGGCUGCCUGCGGGACUACCUGCAGAAGAACCAGCCCCGCCUGGACCACAGGACCCUGCUCCUCUACGCCUGGCAGAUCUGCAAGGGCAUGGAGUACCUGGGGGCGCAGCGCUGCGUGCACCGGGACCUGGCCAGCAGGAACAUCCUGGUGGAGAGCGAGACCCACGUCAAGAUCGGGGAUUUCGGGCUGGCCAAGCUGCUGCCGCAGGACAAGGACUAUUACGUGGUGCGGGAACCCGGCCAGAGCCCCGUCUUCUGGUACGCACCUGAGUCCCUGGCAGACAACGUCUUUUCCCGGGCAUCCGACAUUUGGAGCUUCGGGGUCCUCCUCUACGAGCUCUUCACCUACAGCAACAAAAGCAAGAGCCCCUCGGAGGAGUUCCUCCGCAUGAUGGGCACCGAGAGGACGGCGCAGAUCAUCUGCCACUUGCUGGAGCUCCUGAAGGACAACCGGCGUCUCCCGGUGCCGGCCGGCUGUCCUGUGGAGGUCUACACGCUGAUGCUGAGCUGCUGGGCCUUCACCCCCGGCACCAGACCCACCUUUGGGGAGCUGGCCCCCAAGAUCGAGGCGCUGCGGGACGGCCGGAGCAAAGCCCACGGGUAG